AUGGGUUUCUGGGGAGAAUUGAGAAAAUUUGAAAAGCACGUCAUUCGACCAGUGGCUCAUACAGUAAGAGAGCCAUUUCAUCAAUUGGAAAAACAUGCAAUUCGUCCAGUCGCUCAUGCCAUCACUGGUAGAGGAAAGAAGACAGAAACUGUGACCGUUCGUGUGGUCAACUCUCUAACUGAAUAUAUUGCAACCCUCCAAGUGGAUGUUCCAGAAAAUUCAACUUUUGCCACUUCUGUGGAGGCUCCUCCAUGUGCAUCUCCUCAAGAUCAUCAUUUAGUACCUUGUGAAAAUGUUGUGACCAUUUCCACUAGCGAAUGCAAGACCUCAGCCAAUGGAAAAUUGUGUACCAAAUGUGGAAGGUUUUUCCCUGAUGAUCAAUAG